GGCCGUUGUCACGGCUGAUCCAACCAUGAACGUGAUGACGGUGAUGAUGAUGCUGACGUCGAUGACGAAGAUGAGGCCUGCGAGACGGCGGAAGGGGAAGAAGGAGAAGGGGAAGAGGAAGAAGCAGAGGAGGCAGAUGGCAGAGGGGUUGAGGUACUCGAAGAUGUCAGUGGGGGGAGCAUUGGCAAUGAUCGUUGUGGCGGUGAUGAAGCUGAUGGUGGUAGCAACAGUGGCAGCGGUGGUGGUGCUGGAGGUGCUGGGGGUGGUGGUGGAGGUGCUGGGGGUGGUGGUGGAGGAGGAGGGGGCGGUGGUGGAGAUGAUGAUGGCCGUGGUGGUGACAGUGGCGGUGAUGGCGGCGGUGGAAGCGACAUGCUUUCAGGUACCACCGCCGUAUUGGUAGAUGCUGGCCCUCCUCCAUUGCAGCCACUUCGGCCAAAUUUGUUGCUGGCCUGGUCUCCUGCCGGGUUGGCGUAUUCACAUUGGCGUCUA